AUGUUUCUAUCAAACUUAAGAACCGAAUUUUAUGAUGUCAUAUCGGGAAGCCGUGUGCUGCUGUUGGUUGGAUGUGACGUAGAUGCAUUGUGUGCUUGUAAAAUUUUGCAGUAUUUAUUUCAGUGCGAUAAUGUUCUGUACACUCUUAUUCCUGUUUAUGGAAAAGUUUCGUUGAACGAAGCAUUCAACCUACAUAAAGAUCAGGCAAAGUUCGUUGUUCUAAUAAACUGCGGGGCGACGAUUGAUAUCGUUGAAACAUUCGAACCUAGAGAAGAAAUAAUAUUUUUCAUUUGUGACAGUAAUAGACCUGUUAAUAUUCUCAAUGUGUAUAGCGAGUCACAAGUUCGUUUAUUGAUGAAACCGGAGGAUUGUGAGAACAUCCCUACAUAUGAUGAAAUUUUCAAAGAUGAUGAUUCUGAGGAUGAAGAAGAUGAGGAUGGCAGACUAACCGAAGCUUCCAUUCUCAAACGACGUGAGAGAAGGUUGUGGGAAGAAAACCGGGAGAAAAUAUUGUUCGAUUACUACCAACUCAGUUAUUUUGGUGAAUCUUCUGCUCAAAUAAUGUUCGACCUUGCUUGGAAAAUGUCCCGCGACAAUAACGAUUUGCUGUGGUGGAGCAUAAUUGGUUUUUCUGAGCAGUAUGUGUUGAAAAAGUGCGAAGAAGAAAAAUAUGUACUAAAUGCUGCUGCUAUGCAGGGACAUGUGUCACGUCAUAAUCGUAGCGAAAACGGAAUGAGCAAUUCGACAAGUUGCAUGAAAAUCACUUUUGAUAAAGAUUUAAACUUGGCUCUUUACAGACAUUGGUCAUUGUAUGAAAGCUUGAUGUAUUCUAAAUAUACAGCUUGUAAAUUUAAACUGUGGAGUCUGAAGGGCACAAAAAGAAUGUCGGAAUUUCUUGCAGAAAUCGGUCUGCCAUUGGCACAGUGCAGGCAAAAGUUCUCCUCCAUGGAUAUGGAAUAUCGAAAUAACGUCGGUAAAUGGAUGGAAGACAUGUCCGAGAAGUACAAACUCGAUCAAAUUGUUUACGGAUCAUUCGUUUCUCAAUUUGGUUUCAAAGGGAAAUUCAGUGCAACUGAUAUCGUUUACGCGAUCAUUGCUCUUUUGGAAUCUGUCGACAAAGAAAAGACCCCGACUGAUGCUUUCCUCGAUGCCCUGGACGCUUUGCACAGAGGUGAAGUGAACGCGAUCAAAAAAGGCAUAGAACUUGCAAAACUGCGAAUGGUUGCGAUAUUUAAGCAGGUUCAAACUUUUAUUGAUAUGAAAUACAUUAUCAAUGCUGGGCCUUUCUUAUAUGCUGUUGUACCGGACAGCACACAGGACAUGCAAUAUUUUAGUCAUCCUGGAUGUUUAUUAAUGUUGGCACAUUUUGUACUUGAAGCUCAUGUUACGAUUAGUCGUAAUCGUCGUGCCGAUACGAUGCCCCUGAUACUGUUCGCUGUAGAUGCGAGUGAGCCUCAUCAGUGUCUUGUGGUUGCUAUUCCACCAUUAGCGGAAGGCACUCCAAAAAAUUUCUUCGGAAAAGCUUUCGAGCAAGCAGCUAAGCAGUGCAGGAUAACAAUUUCACAAGAUGUUUUUUGUUCAUCUUACAUCUAUAUCAAUAAGAAUGACCAAAGAAACAUUUACUUUUGUGAUGAAGGUUUCUUCGAACUUUUAAGGGACAAGGAGAGUGCUUGA